GGCGUACACAUAUACAUAAUUCCUAGUUUUUAGUGCGUAUUUCGUAACGGUUAAAUAAUGGCUCAUUGUUUGUUUCCACAACUAUGAAUUACGUAUAUUUUAAAGUUUGACGGUUAAUGUUAUCGAUUACACCGUUUUAAUCGAUUAUUUACUUAAUAUAAUAAUUAUGUAAUGCAAGACUUCGGCAGAGUAACGUAUUUGUACUUGAAUGCGAUUGCGGAAUCGUGAACAUAAUUCAAAAUUUAUAAAUCAAAACAAAACAAWUUUUUUUACCUUAACCACAAAAUCGGUGCUGAAGAAAAAUUCAUAAAAUUCGCAGUGUUUUGUGAAAAUAAUAAUUCCAUGAAGAGUUUCUUAGAGCAACUGCAGCAUAAGAACGUAAAAAUGUCUAAGUAAAAUGAAUCACCUUAAAAUGAUAUUCGUAUUCACUCAUCGUAAAUUAAUUUUGAGCUGAUAAAAUCGAUGCCUUAUCAAUAAACUCUAGAUAUUUUCGUAUGCUUACUGAUUUUUACAAAGCUAAUGUUUAUUUACUUUGUUUUGUAUAUGAUUGCAUACCUUCGUUUUGCAUUUAAGUCUUAAAUACCCAACUCGCACUUAAGACAAAUUGGCAACCGCAACUAGUAUAAAUCUAUUGUAUGUGUUUAUGCGCAAUAUUUUUCUUUGAAACGUUUUGUUUGGCGUAAACGAAUAUGGAUGACAAUUACAUUAGUUCACCGAAUGACUUCCAGCACAUGGAGGGCACUGAGUCGGUGGAAUUCAAACGAACAUUUGCACUGGAUGGCAUCGGUGAGGACGAGACCUUGCGACUGUAUUUGCGUAAAGCGGGCUUAUCCGACGAAAUUGAGUACUUGACACCCGAACAGCGACGUGCCUUCAUUUACGAUAUCAUUAAGAGCAACAAAAUGCCUGGAUAUUGGAUGCCUUCCACAAUGACUUCGCCAUCACCAUACAAUUUAUCAUCAAUAGCARCAACYAGYAGUCGUACAUCACCACCACCGCCUUUACGCAAAGUCAGCGCCACAAGCAACAACAGCUCGAUUCCACCGCCAACACUGGAAUACGCCACUGUGAGCGCAUCUUCGUCGAGUAAUAGUUUAAAAAGUUUGGAAAAAAGUAGUCCUAUUGUACCGCGUCGAUAUGAGCCGACACCUGUUACACCGCUUUCGCCCUCAACAUUUGUGACCAGCAUUAAGGGUUCCAAAUACGAGAUAAGUGGCCCGUUGAACUUUCAACACAUAGCUGGCGAUAUGACACGAGAUCGGACACGGAAUGCAUUCGAUCUUACCAUGACUAUGAAUGAUAAUGUAUUGAGGAAAUAUAUGCUGGAACGCGGCAUAACGGAUGAGGACCUGAAAGGCAUGCGCAAGCAGGAAAUAAUUAAAAAUAUUGUGCAAUCAAAGUUUACUUGGAUGCCACCUAAGCGUAAUGCUAAUGCCACAUCAAGUCAUCAUCUACCCGAUAUAAAGUAUGCUACUGUAUCCUCCGCCAGCGAUUAUGGUCUAAUCACCUCACCGAGGUUCUCACGAUCGAAAAAACCAAUGCAUGCACCCCCGCCACCACCACCAUCAAACUCAGUCCUAACAACUAUACCGGUCACUAAACAAGAACCGACCAGUCAACCAAUCCUAACGAUUGAACCGAUUACUAAACCACAACCAACCCCGGCUGCGGUACCGCCACCACCACCACCUCCAAAUUCAAAAGACCCGUUUAAGACGGACACAAUUACACAAUCAAGUUUGAAGUUAUUAGCCGCGAGUUUUGCUGAUCCCAGGGAUUUCCCUUCCAUCGAAGAUAUUUAUAGCAACAAGACUGAAAUGGAAGCAACAGCGCGGCAAGCCUCUGUGCAACCGAGGCUGACUUUAAGGCAAGCGCCUCCUCCACCACCAUCUGUGAAACAGACAACAAUCACUGAUGCACCACUACAGCCACCACCUCCAUCUCUUGUUCAAGCCAACAAGAAAAAAUCAUCAGUAAUUUACCAUUCCAAUCAAAGUUUGUAUAGCGUCGAUGAAUGGGAAACUGAAGAAGAUACUGCUGAUAGUCAAAUAUAUGGAAGAUUGAAUGCCGGCUCUAAAACGCCGCCGACACCCAGCGAUAGCAAUUUGUAUGCUUCUAUAAAACCAAUAAAUAAAAAUAACCUUAAAAUUAACGCGGACCUUGGAGGUUAUGAAAGUGUUGGUGGUAGAAAACAGUUUACCGGACCACCAACACCACCAAAGCCUACGCUGAAGCCAUCAUUUGCUGCUCGAGCUUCUAAGGUGGGAGCACCUCCACCGCCAGCUAAACAAAACGUAGUUUCGAGAGUCCCUAUACCUCGACCACCACCUCCUACUGGAGGUGCACCUAUUCCUCCGCCACCACCGCCUCCUACUGGUAGUGCACCUAUUCCUCCGCCACCACCACCUCCUACUGGAGGUGCACCUAUUCCUCCGCCACCACCACCUCCUACUGGUGGUGCACCUAUUCCACCUCCACCACCGCCUCCUACUGGAAAUGCACCAAAGCCACCUCUUUUUGRUGGCGCAUAUAUUCCACCGCCACCACCACCUCUUACUAGCGGUCCACUUAUUACAUCGCCAUCUGGUAAUGGUGCACCAAUGCCACCGCCACCRCCUGCACUCAACUCUGCAGCAAAUGGUAUCAGGCAACCAACGAUGCCUACAUCUAAAAAUAAUGAUAUCGGUGAUCCGCGUGGUGCGUUGUUAGAUAGUAUACGAAAGGGUGUAACAUUAAAGAAAGUUGAUCAGAAAGCRGCCACAAUCAGCGGUAUGAAGCCACGCGUCGAACGUAAGCCGCCAGCUACCGACUUCCUUUCCGAACUUAAACUGGGUAUAACUCUACGUCGCGUAAAGGACAAGGCACAUAACCCAUAUGCUGGUGAAGAUCCAGAUGAAUCCCAAGCAUAGGGAAAUUACUUGUAUAUAUGUAUGUAUGUAUUUAUGAGAUUUUCAUACAGAGAAAUAUCGA